UACAAAAAACAAUUGAAAUUUUAAACUUAAAUAUUUGUUAGUAUUAAACUAGGUGAUCAAUUUUUUUUAAUUCUUAAUCUAAUUAAUUAGGACUUAAGGAGUUUGUUACUACUUAAUCGUAUUAAUGUACAUAUUGCUUUAGUUUUUUGAUUUAACUUUACAAGAAUAUGGCCGAGUUGGUAUUGGACAUCAAUAUCCGAGGUUGGGUUUUUUUACCAAUUGUACUAAUCACAUUUCUUGUCGGUGUCAUUCGGCAUUAUGUGUCAUUAUUAAUCACGUCUCAAAAAAAAGCUGAGCUGACACAAGUACAAGAUAGUCAAGUACUAAUUAGAUCACGCAUGUUACGUGAAAAUGGUCGAUACAUUUCUAAACAAGGAUUCUACAUGCGUCGUCAUUACUUUAACAAUGAAGAGAAUGGUUACUUCAAGACCCAAAAACGAGCAGCUCCUACUCAAACAGUUAUGCCUGAUCCAAGUAUGAUGACUGAAAUAUUGAAAGGCAAUGUAACCAAUGUCUUGCCAAUGGUUGUCAUUGGUGGUUGGAUCAAUUGGAUGUUUUCUGGAUUUGUGACUACCAAAGUACCAUUUCCCUUAACCUUGCGUUUCAAACCAAUGUUACAAAGAGGUAUUGAAUUGGUUUCAUUAGAUGCAGCGUGGGUGUCCUCUGCUUCGUGGUAUUUUUUGAAUGUAUUUGGACUUCGGAGUAUAUAUGCACUAGUUUUGGGUGAAAAUAAUGCUGCAGAUCAGUCACGUUUGAUGCAAGAUCAAAUGUCAGGUGCUGCAAUCUCUAUGCCUAUGGAUCCAAAAGUAGCUUUUAAAGCAGAAUGGGAAGCUUUGGAAAUAAGCUCUCAUAAGUGGGCCCUUGCUGAUCUCGAUAAUGAAGUGCUUAAUGUAUUAUUAAAUAAAAGUAUUAAGUAACAAUUUGAGCUUUGAAGUGAACAUGGUUUUACUAUUCUAAGUAAGGUGUAUAAAGACUAAAGAGUUAAGUAAUAUCUAUAAUUGUUUUUUUUUUAAAUUAAACUUUUUGUGUAGUGUUCUUGUGUUUAAUUCUGGUUUUGUGUUAAUUAAACAUAAAUGAAAUAAUACAUUCA